AUGGUCAAACGAAAGGCCAACGACAUCGACUAUGAGGCGGACAUAGUCGUAAAUGCACCUCCUCGCCGCACACUCCGCCCUCGUGGCCGAUUGCCUGCUCCUCCGGCUCAGGAGAACACGUCGUUUGAGGCCAAUAUAGGCUUUCUGACCCUCCAUUUGUCGCCUGGCUUCGAUGUUUCGAAGCUCAAGAACAAGAAAUACAAGGCCAAGAAGCCUGUAUACCGCAGACCGGCUCUUCCGAAGCGAAAGAAGCCAUAUACCAAUCGAUAUAGGUUCGAAUUCGGCGAAGAUCGCCUAUACACACACCUCAAACCAACACUCGCAGACCUCGGGAUUGUUGGAGACAUCUUGAAGCAUGAGAGGCCAGCAAUGAAGAUUGCAGCAGAAGCAACAGGCAAUGCUUCAACUCCAUUCCAUGCUGGAGGCAGGAUUUCGCUCGAUUCGAUCGUCCGGGUCAUCUUGUCACAAUCAUGCACGAACGAGGCGGCAUUGGAUGCACAACAGACCAUGAUCGUGGCAUAUCCGUUCUAUGUGGACGGCAAAGCGGUGGUUGGGAAGAUGCCGAACUACCACGACAUGAGGAAACAGAGUGUCGACAAGCUCAAGGCUGUGUUCACGAAGACGGGUCUACAGAACCUCAAGGGAAAUGGAAUCAAGGCUGUUCUGGACGCAGUAUAUGAGACGAAUGUUACUCGCAUAAAGCCUGGCGAGGUUAUAUACGACGGAAAUGAACACGGAGCAACUGACUUCGUCCCUGGUCUGCUUUCUGUCGACUAUAUCUACGAAGCUUACGAGAAAGGCGGCAAGCAAGCCGUAUUCGACCAGCUCGUUCUACUCCCACAAGUCGGCGUCAAGUCGGCUUGCUGUCUGAUGGGAUUCAACAUGAAUCUGCCUGUCUUUGCGGUCGACACACACGUUGCCGGCAUGGCCAAACUUCUUGGUUAG